AUGCCACAGCCAUCUAACGGUAACCAAGAACAGAGUAGAAAUCCAAACAACGAACCAAGUGGACAAAUGCAGCCAAACAUUGAAUACAACCAAGGACAGUAUCCGCAAGGGUAUUAUGCUGCACCAGGUGGAAACCAAAAUGUCUAUGAAAACCAGCCGGUGAUGGAAAAGGGAUAUCCACAGCAGCCAAUGAAUGGCUAUCCACCUCAAACACCAAGUUAUCACCAACAAUACUCAAGAGGAUAUGCUCAAUAUCAACCAUUGCUAAUGCAAACAGGACCUCAAGCCAAUUAUCCACCGGCUCAGCCAGGAUACCCACUCCAGCCUCAAAUGCAAUCGACUUACAAUCAAAAUGCACCACAAGGAUAUCCUACAUCUCAGAGAGUUUCGCCACCAACUGCACAGCAGCAGGCUUACAAUCAAAAUGCACCACAAGGAUAUCCUACAUCUCAGAGAGUGUCGCCACCAACUGCACAGCAGCAGGCUUACAAUCAAAAUGCACCACAAGGAUAUCCUACUUCUCAGAGAGUUUCUCCAGCUGUUAUGCAUCAACAGCAGCCGCACAUGGCAGCUGAUAUCGUCAAUCAGCAGAUGCAGCCUCUGAUUGAAGGCAAUAACAUGAAUACUGUCAUAGAAUCAGCAAAUAAAAUAGUUGAUGCAUAUGCUAAUGAUAACUCACUUAAGACACCUUAUGAAAAUACAAUGACACCUGCACAUAACAUGCAAGCAAACGUUGCACAACAACCAGAACACUACCAACAACCGAUAUAUUAUCCACCACAGGCUUUACCGAAUACUACUCAAGUCCCCACUUCUCACCAAUAUCACACUGUGCAG